AUGCCAUUUCAGUUGAAAAUAUGUGCAGAGGAGAAACUGUAUAAAUGCUUGGAAUGUGCAAAGAGCUUCAGCAGCAGUGGGAAUCUUAGUAAACAUCACUGGAUGCAUACUGGCGAGAAACCAUAUAAGUGCUUAGAAUGUGGGAAGAGAUUCAUUCUCACAGGGGAGAAGCCAUAUAAAUGCUUGGAAUGCGAGAAGAGCUUCAGAGUGAGCGGAAGUCUUACUCUUCAUCAAAGAACUCAUACUGGCAAGAAACAAUACAAAUGCUUUCAAUGUGGGAAUACCUACAUUCAAAGGAAUCACUUGAUUUCACAUGAAAGAAUCCAUACCGGGGAGAAACUAUAUCAAUGCUUGGAAUGUGGAAAGGGCUUCAGUGUGAGUGAAAAAUUUACUGUACAUCAAAGAACGCACACUGGAGAGAAACCAUAUCAAUGCAUUGAAUGUGGAAAGAACGUCAGCACCAGCGGAAGUCUUAGUAGACAUCAAAGAGUGCACACUGGGGAGAGACCGUAUAAAUGCUUGGAAUGUGGAAAGAGCUUCAGUCGAAUUGACCAUGUCACAUCACAUCAAAGAAGCCACUCUGGUGAUUAAUUCCAGAAAUGGUCGUCAUUCACCUGCUUUUGCAGAAACAGAAAAACACUUCCUCUUCAAAAGCCUGUUUGUUUUGGCAUUAAUUUAUCUUGGAUACAUUUGUCGAAAGAGAUGCCUUGCUUAUAACUGAUAA